AUGCCACUCUUCAGCAAUUACCCAGGUCUUGAUGAUAUCUCAUCACAGCUAUCCAUACCAGCUUUGGUAUUCAGCAUCACGACGCCGCUAAUAGUCCUUGCCCGCUUCGUUGCUCGACUUACCAAUCAAAAUCAUGCUGGCCCGGAUGACUGGACCGUUCUGGCCUCUCUCAUGUUUGCCGAAACGGUCUCAGUACAGAUGAUUCUCUGCUGUGCAUGGGGUUUUGGCAAACACACCAAGGCCUUGCCUGUUGAGCUGGUGAAGCGGACCCUGGAAAUGUACUAUUUCGCCCAGAUCUUCUACAAAGUCACCAUUGGAUUAACCAAGAUCUCAAUUUUGCUUCUGUACGUGCAAGUUUUCGGCGUAUGGAAGUCCUUUAAAUGUCUUUGUUACCUCAUGAUGGGCUUGGUAUUUGCUUUCACCAUCGCUUCGGUUACAGCCUCUGUGUUCCAAUGCUCCCCAGUUAACUUUGCUUUCGGCAAGACUGCCAUUGGAGGCCAUGGUACCUGCAUCGACAUGACCAAAUUUUGGUACGCAAACGCUGGGUUCAACAUCAGCAGUGAUGUUAUGAUCAUCUUGCUCCCUAUCAUUCCAGUAAGAAGCUUGCCACUCCCUUUGAAAAGCAAGGUAGCUCUCUGUGGGGUGUUUGCAAUCGGUGGCUUUGUAUGCGUGACUUCCAUCCUCCGCUUCACGACAUUGAACGUGUCAACAUCCCAUAAAGACAUUAUGUGGCAGUCAAUCGGCAGCAGCAUGUGGACAGUGAUCGAGUAUAAUCUAGGAAUCACAGCAGCCUGUCUUCCAGCACUGCGCCGCCCUCUUGCUAGACUCUUCCCAGCUCUACUCGGCCGCACUUCCCACAGCUGGGACUCAAAUCCUACUGUCGAACGAAACAACACAAACAACAGCUUCAGCACAGACAGCUCCGCAAGAAGAUUUCAAAGAUCUUCGGUCCACGCCGUGGGCCAUCCAGACCACCUCAACGACAAAAUGUCGCAGAUAUCCCGCGACGAACGGUAUCGGAGUGGUAUGCGUACUGAAACCUACGAUUUUACCACAGAUGGCCGCCGGUCCAGCGACAGAUCGCACGAAGACAUUUUACGAGGUUUUCCUCUCUGGGAAAAUGGAAUAAUGAAAACUAUAGAGAAUGAUAUACAUAUUGAGCGUGACAGUGUCAUUAUAAGCAGUGAUGCUGGUGAUGGGGAUGAGGCGAAGACGGCCGUCUCCCGAUUUGUCUUCGAUCCUGUUGCCUGGAGACCUUUGCCUAAAAAGAGCCAGGACCGACCUGAUCCACCGCAUUUCAGAUGA